CAAAAACCCUCUCUCUGGCACACAGUCGAAAUCAAUUAAAUAAAAAAAAUCAAAUGGAACCUCGGCGGCCAUCACGCGUCAUCGAUCCCGUAAUCCGAAAAGUCGGAUUCUUCACACCGGGUCCACCACCAGACCGGACACAAUCCGGUCCACCACAAUCACCACUUUUCAAUUCACUAUCUCCUGUCAUGAUUCCACCGCCACGUCAUGCUUCUGAUAACCUCUCACGUGCCGUCGGCGUGCCUGUUCCUCUCCAUGGAUACUCAGCUACUGAUAGCUUUGAAGUUGGAAGUUAUAAUCCUUCUGAUUCGGUUUUGGACUCUCCGGUUCGGUCGCCGUCGAGCCGGUUGGGAAUUGAGGGAGAGUUUUCCGAGGAUUCCGCUAAUUGGAUUAAGCAGGGCGGUUCCGGUCGGUAUACGAAUGCUGCUGUUGAUCAAUCAGUUGAUGAAAAUACUGGAGAUGUCGCUGAAGUGGCAUUGCAAAAGAGUUCAAAGCCACUAAAAGCAAAAACAACAAAGGCUGAGAGGCGUGCUUUGCAGGAGGCCCAACGAGCUGCAAAAGCUUCUGCAAAAGCUGAAGGUAAUAAACCUGCUGGUACGUUGGGUGUGUCAGCUCCAGCUCAAACCAGUAAAGUAGCAAAACAGGCUAAUCAGAAGAAAGAUGUUCCUCCAGUGGCUUCUUCAACUGUAAUUCUUGAGAAGAAAGGGGGAGAUAAAUCAGUAGAUAAAGAUAGAAAGAAAGACAUGCCACCUCCACGCAUGCAGUUUGACGACAAGAGUCGGGUGGAGAAGGCCAAAAAACGAUCAGUGGUCAAACAGACCGAAGCUAGAAAUAGAGUCGAGUUGUUUAGGCAUCUACCUCAAUAUGAACGUGGAAAUCAACUUUCUGAUCUCCAGUCAAAGUUUUUUGAACUUGAUAAUGUGCAUCCUGCUGUUUACGAGGUUGGUUUACAAUUUUUAUCUGGUGACAUCAUGUGGAGCAAUGCUCGUUGCAUAGCUAUGCUCCAGGCAUUUCAAAAAGUUGUCGAGGACUACACGACACCACCUGAGAAAACCCUAGCUAGAGAUUUAACAGCAAAGAUCAACAGCUUUGUCUCUUUUUUGACAGAAUGCAGACCCCUUUCGAUCAGUAUGGGAAAUGCUAUUCGUUAUUUAAAAGCCCGCAUUGCAAAGAUUACAUUAACUCAAACUGAGCUAGAAGCAAAAACGUCUCUGUCUACAGACAUUGAUCGUUACAUAAAAGAGAAGAUAGUAUUUGCAGACCAAGUAAUAGUUGAACAAGCAGUUACGAAGAUUCGUGAUGGGGAUGUUCUUCUCACGUAUGGUUCAUCAUCUCUCGUUGAAAUGAUUAUGUUGCAUGCUCAUAAACUUGGGAGGCAAUUCCGGGUAGUAAUAGUUGACUCACGCCCACAUUUUGAAGGUCAACAACUGCUUCGAAGGCUGGUUGAAAAGGGUUUGAGUUGUACAUACUCUCAUAUAAAUGGUGUUUCUUAUAUCAUGCAUGAAGUUACAAGAAUUUUUCUUGGGGCUGCCUCUGUGUUCUCCAAUGGCACAAUAUAUUCGACUGUUGGAACUGCAUGUAUUGCCAUGGUGGCUCAUGCCUACCAUGUCCCAGUUUUGGUUUGUUGUGAAUCAUACAAGUUCCAUGAACGAGUACAACUUGAUUCAAUAUGUUUUAAUGAACUAGGUGAUCCUGAUGUCAUAGCUAAAGUUCCUGGAAAAAUGAAAAACUGUUUAGAUGAUUGGGCUAACAAGGAGAAUCUGAACCUUCUGAAUUUGGUCUAUGAUGUUACUCCCGCUGAUUAUGUCUCUGCGAUAGUCACUGAGUAUGGCAUGAUCCCACCCUCAAGCGUGCCUGUGAUUUUGCGAGAAUUUGGGCGAGAUCAUUUAGUAAUAUAGAACUUCGAGUCACCGCCUAGACUAAAUGUGGAGCAUUUGUUGAUGAAUGAUUCUUUGCUGAUUAUUUGAAAAUAAAGAGUUGUUGCCAUGGUAAUCGGCUGGUAUGUAACAUGCUGUUGGUAGGCUGCAAAGCUUUUAAAAGUAGAUUUUCUUCACUCCCUGGAUAUAGAGUGGAGGAUACCAAUAUAGGAGAACUCCUUUAAGUUACAUAUACACUUUAUACGCUAAGAUUUUGAUCUUUUUAGCAGAAAUUUUGGAUAUAUGUUAGCUAAGUUUCGUGUGUAAAACCGAGUGUCCACAUCUUAUUAGGUAAUUUUGUGUGGCUGCAUACCUGUGGAUGUUUAAUCUCUUGGUCUUGGAUACAAUUUGUGUGAUUUCUUUGUUCA